AUGGUGUCUCUAUCCGUCGAAGUCUGUUCUUCCACCAACAUGAAUUUCCGCCCAAACCAUAAUCGUCCCGCCAUAGUAGGGAUAGACUUCCUUAGGGUGUUGCAGGCGGCUCACACCAAGAAUUCGCCAUACGCGUACUCUUCGCGAAUCAGGAUGAAAACCGAAUCAGGACUCAUCGUUGAUUAUGAUUGUUCACCAAUAAUGCCUAAAGAAGAAGAGACACAAAUACCGAAAUCAACAAAACCUUUACCAUCUUAUGCGGUAAUGAAAUCCACAUCGAAACUACCAGAAUCAGUGUCGGUCGUUGAAACUAUCCGACCAUACAAAAGAUUAAGGACAACACCAACUUUACCACCACCAUCAACAACAACAAAUGAUGAAGUUGAAGAAACAACAACUGCUGCGCCGACUGAUUCUACUCCUUUGACUAAUGCAACCACCGCUCCAUACAUCAACUAUCAAUGUCAACAACCUUGCUCCAAUGUCUUCGAGAACUACGGUCGAGUAUGCGCUCAAAGAUACAACGGCAUAAAAUAUGAGUACAAAGAAUUUGAAGAUAUAUGUGAUAUGAUAGACAAUAAUUGCAUGCACCAUGGCACUCUUGUAACUAAACAAGAUCCAGAGAACUACAGGGGACCCUGGUACGUGAUAAUACGGGGUCCUUGCUAUUUGUUAUAUACACCAUUUCCUCAGCCCCAGACUAAUGGCACCAAGUUACUACAAAGAGUGGAACAAUACAUGACUAUCGACUUCGAACUUUAUAGAACUAGAGGGUUUGAAUAA